UCCCAAACCAGCAUACGCACUCCGUGCAACUCUCCAAAGGAACGGGGGAGGUAAAGGAAGAAGCACAAAAGCAAAGAGGAAAACUUUCUUCUUUUUUUUUCCUCAAACAACAGCAACGAAAACAAGCAAGAAGGAGAAAACUCCCAAAUAUGCCCAACGGUUCGGUUUUAGUGACGGAUCACUUAGCUACGCGAGAAAAGUAACUUUUUUUUGGAGAGAAAACAGGAGGGAGGACGCGCUUUCCCCUCUACACCGUAUGAGACGUCAGACAAUCGGCCAAAGAAAGCAGGCGCGUUUGGGCUGGAGCUGAAGUCCUCGGCUUGUGGUUGAAUGUGUCCGGGUCUGCGUGGAGGGCAGUGAAGGAUGCCAGGAUGAUGCCCUCUCUGAGCCUCCAUCUGCUCGUCAUCUGGUUGAGCGUCCACAGGCUGGUGCGCUGCGUGGAGCGCUCCUCCACUCGGGAGCGCUUCAAGGUGGUGAUCGCUCCUUUCAUCUGCAGGCGGAUCUGCCACAAGGGCCACUGUCGGAAUACAUGCGAGCAGGGCAGCAACACGACACUGAUCGCCGAGAACGGACAGGGCGCAGACACGCUCACCGGAGACGGCUUCAGGGUCGUUGUGUGUCCUCUGACAUGUAUGAACGGAGGAGUCUGCAGCUCAAGCAAGCACUGCCUCUGCCCGCCUGGCUUCACCGGUCGCCUCUGCCAGUUUCCACUCCAUCACAUACAACAUGCUCAGGCGGCGCGAGACAACAAACAGCCCGUCUACCCUGUAUCUCUGAAGCCAGAUGGCCAGAAACUCACAGAGCAAGCAGGCAUGGGGCGUCCUCAGCUGCCACAAACACACUCAGUUUUCACCUUACCUUUGCCACAAUCAGGGCAUCACUCAUCCGAAGUGCAGAUUAAUGUGCAUUUCCACCGCACGUCGGACACGUCUUUAGUCCUUCAUUCUCUCGACCCGUCGGAGGUCAAGCCUCCUCACAAGACGGGCCCGCGUCUGAUCCCUUCGAGGCACAAACCAAAGGGGCGCUGCUUCCAGGAGACGACGCCCAAACAAGCCUGCAACAGCACGCCACUUCCUGUUCUGACUAACCAGGAAGAUUGCUGCGGCAGUGUGGGCAAUUCAUGGGGACAGAACAAGUGUUACCAGUGCCCCAAACUACCAAACGCAUCUGUCAAGCAGACCAUUGUGGAAGAAUAUGGCUCUACCUGUCCACAAGGCUAUAAAAGAUUCAACAGCACUCAUUGUCAAGAUAUCAACGAGUGCUCCAUACAGGGUGUCUGUCAGAAUGGAGACUGUCUGAACACACUGGGCAGCUUCAAGUGUUCCUGCAAAGCGGGUUUGGUGCUGGACAGGCAUCGAUGUAUCGAGCCUCCCAUGGAGCAGUGCUUCCUCGACAACAGUGACUGUACGCGCCCGCUGGGCUACAUCACCCAGGAGACGUGCUGCUGCACGGUGGGCAAAGCCUGGGGUCGUAACUGUGAAAGCUGCCCUGAGGUGGGCACAGUGGCCUUCAGGAAAAUCUGUCCAGCUGGGAAAGGCUACUCGUACCAGAACAUUAGAGAGACUGUGGCGAUCCCUCCCUUCCUCUUCCCUCGCAAGCCUGAUAAGGAUGAAACGAUGCGGCCGGAGAGUCCUGUGCAGACAUCUACCCACACCAGCAGUCCUCGUGUGCCUGUUGUUAAACCCCCUCCUCCGACAAUGAUCCGACUGACCCCAGGCAAUGACCCCUUCGAAACACAGACAAAAGUCUUGCAGACAGACGAAUGUAAGCUAAGCGUGAACAUCUGUGGCCGCGGCGAGUGUGAGAGCACCCCCAACGGUCGCGUCUGUCACUGUCACGCCGGCUACCAUCUCAACCCGCAGAGGAACUUCUGUGAGGAUGAUAAUGAAUGUGAGACAGAGCCGUGUGGGCAUGGCCGUGGCCGCUGUGACAAUAUAGAAGGAAGCUACAAGUGCCACUGUCACGAGGGUUACAAGCACAUGGUCCACGGUGGGAGACUCAAGUGCAUCGACGCCAAUGAGUGCUUGAAGCCGGACAUCUGUGGCGUCGGAGGCCAGUGUGUGAACCUGCCCGGUUCUUAUACAUGUGAAUGUCACGCCGGGUUUAGGAGCAAGUCACACCAUCAUCGGGCCUGUGAAGACAUAAACGAGUGUUUCAACCCCAAGACUUGUCCCAAAGAGCAGUGUGAGAACACGCCGGGCUCUUAUGUGUGUGUUCCUUGCUUGCCUGGUUAUGAGGCUCGCUCGGGCAAAUGCUAUGACAUAAAUGAGUGUCAGAAGCCUGGCAUCUGUCCUAAUGGCCACUGCGAGAAUCUCCCUGGUACGUACCGCUGUCUGUGCACCGAGGGCUUCCUACCGUCUGCCGACAGCAAAGCGUGCGGUGAUAUUAACGAGUGUGAGGAUGUCAGGCUGUGCGCCAACGGCAACUGCAUCAAUACAGAAGGCUCCUUCCAGUGCCUGUGUUCCUCAGGAUACAAGCGCACACAGGAGGGCAGCCACUGCGAAGAUAUCAACGAGUGCGAGAGGCCAGCAAACUGUCAGAGGGGCCGAUGCAUCAACAAAAUGGGCUCCUAUCACUGCGUGUGCCAGGAAGGCUACAUGCUGUUUAGAGGCAAGCGGUGCCAAGACAUAGACGAAUGUGCGGCGAACAGAAGUCUCUGCCAGCCCUACGGCUCAUGUGAGAACAGACCGGGGUCGUAUGUGUGUGUCUGCAAUCAUGGUUACGUCCCCUCGGAGGACAAAAAGAGCUGUGACGCAGUUCGAGUGCUGACGGAGGAGAAGAAGGAGUGCUACCUGAACCUCGACGACACCGUGUUCUGCGACAGCGUCCUGGCCACCAACGUCACCAAGCAGGAGUGCUGCUGCUCCAUCGGCGUGGGAUGGGGAGAUCACUGUGAGAUCUACCCCUGUCCGGUCUUCAAGUCAGCUGAGUAUAACUUCCUGUGUCCAAACGGCAAAGGUCUCUAUUAUGAAGAGGGACACCAGUACAGCCUGCCUACCUACCAUGACAUCGAUGAGUGUUCUUUGUUUGGGGAAGAAAUCUGCAAGAAGGGCCAUUGUGAGAACACGCUGCCGCUCUACGAGUGUUACUGUCAGCAGGGCUUCUAUUAUGACGGCAACCUUCUCGAGUGCAUCGACGUGAACGAAUGCCACGACGAGUCUCUGUGCAAAAACGGCCGGUGCGUCAACACUGAAGGCUCCUUCUACUGCGUCUGUAAGCACCCGUGGAUUCCGGACUCCAGCAGGAAGAUGUGUGUGAUUGCAACCGUCGCAGAUGUGAACGAGUGCGAUGACCCGGCCAACUGUAAGAAUGGCCAAUGUGUGAACACGCCGGGGUCACACUACUGCAUCUGCUCCCCGCCCUGGACGCUGGCCAUUGACCGGAACAGCUGCGUGACUCCCGAGGAACAGGCUGAUGUGAAUGAGUGCCAGGACCCCUCGUACUGUAAGAAUGGGAGGUGUGAGAACACGCCCGGCUCCUUUCACUGUUUUUGCGACCCUCCCCUCACCUUCAGUGCAGCGCUGAAACAGUGCGUCUAUGACGAUCGAACUGCAGCCCACAAGGACGUGUGUUUCCUGCGAGUGGAUGAGGGUUUGAUCUGCAGCGAGCCGACGAAGGGCAUGGUGGUGACCUACUCGGAGUGCUGCUGUCACUACGGUCGCGGAUGGGGGCCUGAGUGUAACACAUGUCCACCCAGAAACUCAGAGAUGUUCAGUCGCCUGUGUGAGAUGCACCUGGAGACGGAGUCGGACGGCGAGCAGGACUUCCUGCCGGUCAACUACAACCCGGGCGACAGCUCAGAGGAGGAUUCAGAUGAAUGUAGCUGUGCAAAUGGCCGCUGUGUCCGCUCCUACCUGGGCACCAUGUGUGAAUGUAACAAAGGCUUUAGGCUGGACCACUCACGCACCCGCUGCAUAGACAUCGACGAGUGUGCAGAAUCAGUCGCUCGCAUCAGUCCCUGCAAGAGCGCUCGCUGUGUGAACACCGUCGGCUCGUACAAGUGUUACCGUCGCAGAUCUCGGUAACCUCUGCGUGUGUCACGUCUGUUAAUCUCUGUCUAAAGUAUCCAACACACACACACACACACACACACACACACACAC